AUGUCAAAAUUUUAUCAAAAAGAAAAUACAGGAUUUUGUCCUCCUGAUCCUCACUCCGAUGCCUUCACUUAUAUGUUGAGUAGUGAUAUGCACCACAAUUUGGCUUUAAUAGGCUCUGUACCACAUAAUGGCAUUAAACAGAUUAGAAUACAUUACUUAUUGAAAUUGAUCCAGGUUGACGUUUUUAAUGGUCAAUUUGAAUAUAAUUUUACAUAUUUAGAUCAAUUAAUAACAUUACUUAGAAAUUACAAUUUAAAACCUGGAUUUGAAUUAAUGGGAAAUCCGUCCAACAUUUACAAUGAUUUUGAAAAUAAGACUCAAAUUAUUCAAUGGAAAGAAAUGGUUCAACAAAUGAUUAGACGAUAUAUAAAGAAGUUUGGAUUGAAUUAUAUAAAGCAAUGGAAUUUUGAGUCUUGGAACGAACCGUCCAUUGAAUUCAAACAUUAUUUUAGUGAUAAUAUUAAAGUCACUCCAAAAGGAUUUCUUAAUUAUUAUGACUCCUGUUCUUUGGCUAUUAAAGAGAUCGAUAAUAAUCUUGUAUUUGGAGGUCCGGGAGACCACUGGCCUAAAGAUAUAAAAAAUGGUUCAUUUGUUAUAGAUUUGAUCAAUCAUUUUAUCAAUGGUUCUAAUUUUUUAAGUGGAAAGAAGAGUGAUAUUAAAUUAGAUUAUUUGUCAUUACAUGAAAAGGGAUCUAAAGGCCAGUCGUCUUACACCGACUACUUAGAAGAUAAGGCUUUAAAUGAUAUUUCUUAUUAUUUUAAUACUUUAAAAAACAUACCAUUUGUUAAUAAUGAAGGCGAUCCUGAAGUUGGUUGGAAUAGGAACAGGACGUGGAGGGCUGAUAAUAGAUAUGCCGCUACUAUUGUACAAUCAGUGGCCAGACAUAUAUAUGGAUACAAUUACACCAACAAAUUAUCACAGUUUGCAUUUGAUAACGCAUUCUUAAGCUAUUAUCCGUAUCAGUUCACUCAACGAACAUUAUUAGCCAGAUUUCAAAUAAAUAAUACUAAACCACAUUUCACACAAUUUAUUAAAAAGCCGGCACUUUCUGUAAUGGGAUUACUAUCCAAAUUAGGCGAUCAUUUAUUGCAUUUUAAAUCAAAUGUCAAAUCAAAUUCAACAUUUAAUAUUAUAAGCAGCGCUUAUUUUGGCACUAAAAACGUAUCAUUACUUGAGUUUGGAUAA